AUGGCCACCGAGAAAGGGGGCUCCAUCCCCGAUAAGAUCGAAGCGCCAGCAAGACAGAAGAUUCCAUACUGGCGAUUGGUGGUGGAUCAGGGCGUCGUCACACAGGAGAUUAUCGACUAUCCCUACGCAGGCUCAGGAACCGAGGAAGAUCCCUAUGCUGUUACCUGGAUUGAAGAUGAUCCUCGUAACCCCAUGACCUGGACGCAGCUGCGCAAAUGGUCGUUGACUAUGACCGUCGCCAUCGCGACUCUCGCUGUCGCGCUGGUCUCUUCGGCCUAUACGGGCGGUGUCCGGGAGCUUGAACAAGAGUUCCAUGUUGGCAGUGAGGUUGCCAUCCUCGGUGUCUCUCUCUUCGUCCUGGGUUUCGCUAUCGGACCUCUACUCUGGGCACCCCUGAGUGAGAUGUUUGGUCGGCAGAUUGUUUUCACAGUCACAUAUUGCGCGCUUACCGCAUUCAACUGUGGAACUGCAGGCUCUAAGAAUAUCUGGACCCUGAUUAUCCUCCGUUUCUUUGCUGGAGCCUUCGGAGCUUCGCCCUUAACCAAUGCGGGCGGUGUCAUCGCUGAUAUGUUCCACGCCCAGCAGAGAGGUAUUGCUAUGAGCUUGUUUGCUGCUGCUCCAUUCUUGGGUCCUGUUCUGGGUCCAAUCAUUGGCGGCUUUCUGGGCAUGAAUGCGGGCUGGAGAUGGGUCAUGGGUUUCUUGGGUGCCUUCUCAGGCGCUGUCUGGAUUGUCUGCACUAUCUUUGUGCCCGAGACGUAUGCGCCGGUUCUCCUACGUCGUCGCGCCGAGAAACUGUCCAAGCUCACCGGCAAGGUGUACCACAGCAAGCUUGACAUCGACCGGGGUAGGGUUACUCUCAAGGAGGCAUUCAAGACCGCUCUUUCCCGGCCUUGGAUUCUGCUGUUCAAGGAGCCAAUCGUUUUCCUUCUGAGUCUUUACAUGGCUAUCAUCUACGGAACUCUGUAUAUGCUGUUCUCCGCCUACCCAAUCGUCUUCCAGGGAGUCCGCGGAUGGAACUCGGGUGUCGGCAGUCUUCCUUUCCUGGGAAUCAUGGUUGGCAUGAUCUUUGCCGUCACAUACAGUCUAUGGGACAACAAGCGCUAUGUCAAGACUGAAGAGGAGCACGGUGGAUUCGCACCCCCUGAGGCACGUCUGCCCCCAACUCUGAUUGCCUCUGUUGCGAUUCCCAUUGGGCUCUUUUGGUUUGCCUGGACCAACUACCCAUCAAUCCACUGGAUUGUCCCCAUCCUUGCUGGUGUUCCUUUCGGAUUUGGAAUGGUUCUGGUGUUCCUCGGCAUCAUGAAUUACCUCAUCGAUGCCUAUACCAUUUUCGCCGCCUCAGUCCUCGCCGCCAACUCCGUCCUGCGUUCGAUCUUCGGUGCUGUCUUCCCGCUAUUCACCACCUACAUGUAUCAAGAUCUUGGUAUUCAUUGGGCAUCGUCGAUCCCGGCAUUUUUGGCGCUUGCUUGUGUUCCUUUCCCCUUCCUCUUCUACAAGUACGGCGCCACCAUCCGGAAACGCUGCACGUAUGCGGCGCAAUCCGAUGCCUUCAUGCGGAAGAUGGCCAUGCAGAUGAAGCAAGCUGCCGAGCCCGAGCCCGAGCCCGAGGAGGCCAGGGAGCCCGUUUUUGACCGCACUGAAGCGCCCGGCCCCGAGGUUUCGGAUGUCAGCGAGGCCGAGUCCGUCGAGGAGCUCCCCAAAAUCCACCAAAUACGCAGCAGAGCUUCCACGAAGACGGCUACUUCGCAGCGCCGCCAGAGCAUCAGCUAUGAAGGCAACCCCUACGACAUCGAUCGCGUCAACACUCGCGAGUCUUUCAAAUGA